AUGAUAGAUCACAAAGUAUCUCUGUAUGCAUAUGUAAUUCUAACUGUGUCCAGCGUUGCUCUUGUGCGGCAUUACUGGCUUCGAGUUUUUGGUCGAAAGCUCCGACACCCACCCGCUCCUAGGUCUCUACCAUUCAUUGGGAAUAUCCUCUCGAUUCCAUCGGGUCUGGACUACUUGGGGUAUUUUGAGCUUGGGAAACGGCUCGGCAGCGAUAUUAUCUAUAUGGACAUGAUGGGGAAGCCAGCCAUUGUUCUUAACACUGCCCAAGCUGCUUCAGACCUAUUUGAAAAACGCUCAGCGAUCUAUUCUGAUCGAAGAAGUGCCUCGAUGGUAAAAAGUGCUAGCUUGCUUGACUGGCCAGGUUUUAUACCUUCGUUGUCAUACUCCGAUCAAUGGCGCCGUCAACGUCGAAGAAUGAAUAAUUGGCUAAACAUGCGUGCUGUCCGCCAGUUCGAUGGUAUCCAACAGGAAGCGGUCCGGCGGCUCCUUGGUUGUCUGCUGGAAACUCCUGAAAGUCCAGCCCCCUUCAAGCUGGUAAAAAACCAGUUCUCCUUCGCAAUGGCAUAUGCCACGUUCAAGUUAGCUUAUGGGUAUCGUCUCAAGGGUGACCAAGACCCAUUCUUUUUGGAUGCUAUUGAAGCUACAGAUAAUGUUUUCUGUGCUAUGAUGAAGAGCAACUUCUUUGUCAACGCAUUUCCAAUUCUCGAAUAUGUUCCGGGCUGGCUGCCUGGUGCCGGGUGGAAGGAAACUGCUCGAAAAUGGAGGGAACAAAAGAAUCAUGCAGUUGCUGCUCCGUAUGAGUGGACGAAGCGCCAAGUGGCAUCGGGUGACUUCGAGCCUUCGGUGCUCAGCGCCUUGCUUCAGGACGACCCAGCAGGACUUGGUAUAUCAACGGAAGAAAGGGAGCAAGAACUUAAGGAACUCGCUUAUAUUCUUUUUGCUGCCGGAACGGAUACGUCAGCAACAGCUUUGGUCAAUUUUGUUGCAGCCAUGGUGAUAAAGCCUGAAGUACAAGCCAAAGCUCAGGCUGAAGUAGACUCUGUGUUGGGCAACGUAGUUCGGCUACCAACAAUAGCGGAUCGAUCUCAAAUGCCUUAUGUGGGGAAUCUGAUACAGGAGGUUAUGCGUUGGCAUCCUGUGGCACCUACAGGGGGAGAUCCCCAUGUUUGUUUUCAGGAUGAUGUGUACCAAGGAUAUGACAUUCAAAAGGGUACAAUGAUAAUAGGCAACCUUUGGGGGAUGACCCGCGAUGAAUCUGUAUACGAAGACCCAGAAGAUUUCAAUCCCGACAGGUUCUUGGAUCCAAACGUCCCGGUUGCGCCGGGAUUUGGAUGGGGAAGACGUAUAUGCCCGGGGCUGCAUUUCGCUGAGGCAUCAUUAUUCCUCUCGAUAGCAUCGCUUUUAGCUACCUAUAAUUUCUCCCGCAAGAAAGACAAAAACGGGAAAGAAAUUAUUCCCAUUGUCGAGGGUGCCGUGAAUAGCCUAACUGUUCCAAUCAAGCCCUUCGACUUUGAGAUCCGCCCAAGGUCCGAAAAACAUCGAGCCCUUAUCAUUGAGAACAUCCCCAAAGAAUAG